GUCUUCCAGAGUUCAUUAAAGCAGAAGAUAAUAUACCACUCUUAAUAUAUCAUGAAAAUAUUACCUGAAGGACAAUUAAGGCUUUGUGUGGUUCAGCCAGUACACCUCUCAUCAUGCUUGCUCAUAUUUUUCAUUCUUAAGUCUAUGUCUUCUAUGAAACCUGCUCGACUCCCAAUAUAUCAAAGGAAACCUUUUAUAGCUGCCUGGAAUGCCCCAACAGACCAAUGCUCAAUCAAAUACAAUAUAAAAUUAAACUUGAAAAUGUUUCAGGUGGUUGGGAGCCCACUGGCCAAGGCCAGGGGGCAGAAUGUCACUAUAUUUUACGUCAACAGGUUGGGUUACUAUCCGUGGUAUACAUCACAGGGGAUUCCCAUUAAUGGAGGUCUCCCCCAGAACAUAAGUUUACAAGAACAUCUGGAGAAAGCUGACCAAGACAUUAACUAUUACAUCCCUGCUGAAGAUUUCAGUGGACUUGCUGUUAUCGACUGGGAAUACUGGAGACCCCAGUGGGCCCGGAACUGGAACACAAAAGAUGUCUACAGACAGAAAUCAAGAAUGCUUAUUUCUGAAAUGCGGGAGAAUGUAUCAGCUUCUGAGCUUGAAUAUUUAGCCAAAGCAAACUUUGAAGAAAGUGCAAAAGCAUUCAUGAAAGAAACAAUCAAACUGGGGAUCAGGAGUCGACCCAAGGGCCUAUGGGGCUAUUAUUUAUAUCCUGAUUGCCACAAUUACAAUGUCUAUGCUCCAAACUAUACUGGAUCAUGUCCAGAGGAAGAAGUUCGGAGGAACAAUGAGCUGUCUUGGCUGUGGAACAACAGUGCUGCUUUAUACCCCUCUAUUGGGGUCAGGAAAUCCCUUGGGGAUAGUGAAAACAUUCUACACUUCUCGCAAUUUCGGGUGCAUGAGUCCAUGCGGAUCUCCACUAUGACCUCCCACGAGUAUGCCCUGCCUGUGUUUGUCUACACGAGACUGGGAUACAGAGACGAACCUUUGCUUUUUCUUUCCAAGCAAGACCUCAUCAGCACCAUAGGGGAAAGCGCUGCCUUGGGAGCUGCAGGCAUUGUGAUUUGGGGAGACCUGAAUUUAACAUCAUCUGAGGGCAACUGCACGAUGGUGAAGCAGUUUGUGAGCUCGGACCUGGGGCGCUACAUCGUCAACGUGACCAGGGCCGCCGAGGAAUGCAGCCAGCACCUGUGCGGGAGCAACGGCAGGUGCAUGCGGAGGCGGUGGAGAGCUGCCCACUACCUUCACCUCAACCCUGCCAGCCACCGCGUGGAGGCCUCCGAGGACGGAGACCUCACAGUAACCGGCAGCCCCUCGGAGGCCGACCUAGCAGUGAUGGCAGAGAGAUUCUCCUGUCACUGCUAUCAGGGCUACCAAGGGGCCCGCUGCGAGGACGUGAGGAUGGCCGGUGGACGCGCACGGGCCUCUCCUGUCUCUGGCUUGCUAACGACACGGUAUCUGCUGCUUUUAGCGAGUUACUGGGGCCUUCAGCUGUGA